AUGUCUUUAAUUAUAGAAACGUCGUUAGGCGAUUUAGAAGUAGAUUUAUUUGUUUAGAAAGCACCUGAAAUAAGCAAAAACUUUUUAAAGUUAUGCAAGCUUAAACAUUACAACAAUGCCCUUUUUUAUGAAGUUUAAAAGAAUUACUUAACAUCAAUUAAAUCAAAGAAAGCAACCACUGUUUUUGUUGAAACAGGAGGAGAUCAGUAAUAUAUUCAUGAUGAAAUAGAUCCUACCAAUAAACACAAUAAAAUUGGGUUGCUUUCAACUUCAAAUAUAGGCUAGGAUAGAAAUACUUCCGAAUUUUUUAUAACUUUGACGAGCUCUCAUUUAUAACAUUUUGAUGAAAAGCACACUAUUUUUGGCUAGGUUUAAGUAGGCAUUGAUAUACUUGAAAAAUUCAACACAGAUGUAAUCGUAGACAAUGAUAAUAAACCUUACAUAAAUCAUAGAAUUCUACAUACUAUAGUUAUUGAUGAUCCAUUUGAAGAUCCAGAAAAUUUAGUAGAGCCUGAUUAAUCGCCUCUGCCAAUAGAAAAGAGUGACAAUGAUAGACUAGAAUUUUAUGAAAAGGAGAAAAUUUUAAAUGAAUCAGACAAAACAGAGGAAGAAAUUAUUGAAGAAGCCAAAUUAUAAAUUUAAAAGAUGAGGGAAAUCAAACUUCAAAUGAUUGGUGAUAUUCCUGAUGCAGACAUGAGACCACCUGAAAACGUUUUAUUUGUUUGUUAACUAAAUCCUGUGACUUAAGAAAGAGAUUUGGAAAUUAUAUUCUCUAGGUUUGGAGUUAUUACUAGAUGCGAAGUUGUUAGAGAUUGGAAGACAGGUUAAUCAUUGCAAUAUGCGUUUAUAGAGUUUGAAACUGAAAAGUCUUGUCAAGAAGCAUACUUUAAAAUGAAAGGAGCCCUUAUUGAUGAAAGAAGAGUUCAUGUUGAUUUUUGUUAAAGUCUUUAAAAAUUUAAGAAUAAUAAAAAGCCCAACCAAAAUUAAAGCAAUAAAAAGCUUGAAACAUCAUUUGAAAACAUAGAGUUUUCUAAAUUUUAUAGAAAUAACAACUAUAACACAUCAAAGCAUAAAAUGGUAUUUGAUUAAGGUGAGGAUAAAUAUGCUAAUAAGAAAGAGAGAUUAGACUCAUUUAAGGAAAGAGAAAGAGAAAGGUACAGAAACAAUAGAAAAGAAUAAGAGAAUAGAAGUGAUAGUAGUAAAUAAGAUGAAAAUUUAAAUCAUCAUCAGCACAAAAGGAGAAAUGAUUCACGUUCUUAAGAAAAAGAUGAUACUGAAUAUGAAAGUAGACACUCAAAAAAAGAUAGAAAAAGAAGCCAUAGUAAUGAAAGAUAGGAAAGGAAAUAGGGUAAUAAAGAUAGAAAAAGAAGUGAUAGUAGAGAUAAAAAGAGAGAAAAAAAUAGAAGCAACAGCAGAGAUAGAAAAAGAAAUAGUAAAAGUAGAGAAAGAAGGAGUGCUAGUAAGGAAAAAAAGAGAAAGAGAUCUCUCUCUCCUUCAAGAACAUAUUCGAGAUCAUCUGUAUCUGCCAGCAGAAAAGAUAAAAAUAGAGACAGAAAGCACGAUUCCAAAAGAGACAGAAGCAGAAGUUAAAAAAAGAAAGACAAAAAGCAAAAAUGA